UACUCGAAUACAACCAAAAUUUGUAGUAACAAACAUCAUAUUUAAAGAAAAAUAAAUAAAUAAAUGAUAAAUUCCAAUAAUUAUAAUCAACAAAUAAAAUAAAGAAAUGUCAACGAAUCAGUUACACCUCCGUGACACUUCAGUGGGUAUCCAAGUGAAUCUCCUAAUACUCGCUGCAGAUUACAUCUUAAAAUCAAUCAAAAUACCAGAAGAACAAUGAUUUAUUAUUUGGCAAUCCUAGAGUGAUUUCUGAAGCUUUUCAAGGCAACAACAAUAAUUUUUUUUGUAUUACAAACGUAAACAUUAUUAUUUUGCUGACCGUUCUUUUAUUUGUUAGUUAGAAAUUUUUCUUAAAUAUUUAAAAAAUUUAGUUUAUUUAGAUGGUCUUGAAUUCCAACAAAAUGUCCUCGUUAAACACAUCAAAAAUAUACCAUGAAAGGCAAACACGUCAGCUGUGCGCCUUACAUACUUUAAACAAUUUGUUUCAAUGUAAAAAUUCCUUCACCAAAGAACAAUUGGAUGAAAUUUGCACAAAUCUAAAUCCUAGCGUGUGGUUAAACCCCCAUCGUUCUAUGCUAGGUUUGGGUAACUACGAUAUUAAUGUUAUCAUGCAGGCGUUGCAACUGCGCAAAUGUGAGGCUUGCUGGUUUGAUAAACGGAAAGAUCCUGCCUGCAUCGACUUACAAGCCAUCGUUGGUCUGAUAUUAAAUGUGCCUUCAGAUUACAAGCUUGGUUUUAUUACUCUACCUCUGCAUCGAAGACAUUGGAUAGCGAUCCGAGAAAUUGAUAAGAAAUUCUACAAUUUAGAUUCAAAAUUACAAAUGCCUGAAUGUUUAGGCAAUCAAGAGCAAUUAUUCAAUUAUUUGCGCCAACAAUUGCAUACCAACGAUAGAGAAUUAUUUGUAAUAAUUGAAAAUGGCGGUGCCAACGACAAUGAUACAUCUAAGAAAUGGCUUAAAACUAACAAGGAAGUCUUAACGCCGUCCUCGUCUAUGAAUGGACAUGUUUCUUGAAUUUCGUUAUAGUCCUCAGAAAAUAAAAAAUAGACUUGAACGAUGUCUUAGGUUGUACGGUUGUAUUUAAAUCAUUUAAAAUCUAGUCGCGACGUAUGGAAUGUGCAAGUGU